AUGGAGCCUCUUCUUAUCAUCCUUCUUGUGAUCUACAUGACAAUUUUUGUGGUAGGAUUCACUGGGAAUCUACUGAUGGUGUUGGUCACUUUUCAUAGCAAGAAUCUGCGAUCAAUUUGUAACAUGUUGAUUUGUGCGUGCUGCUUCUGUGAUUUGCUGUUGUUCACGGAUAUCCUUGCGUUUUUUAUUGGAAGCUUUGUGGAAAUUAGUCAACAAACCUGCUUCUACAUGAACAUCCCCGCCGAUUUCGGAGCAUUCGCUUCCAAUGCCUGUGUCCUUGCCGUUGGAAUAGACCGUCUGAUUGCCGUUGUCAAUCCUGGUCGCUACAAACAAUUGGAGAUGGAGAGAUUCAAGUACUUCUCGCUUCUCAUGGCAUUCCCAGUCCUUUAUGCACUUGCGCUACUUCUCGUGGGAUUUGGUGAACGUGAUCCGACAAAAGUUCUCCCAUGCCUAUUACCUAACUCUUUGGGACAUGCUUACGACCUUUUUGCGCUCACCUCCUUUGGUAUAAACCUUUUUGUACCGCCCAUCUAUAUUUAUGUCUACUAUCGGAUAAAGAGAAUGAGAAUGAACAACUCCAUGAAAGCCGUUUUCAAAUCUCUAUUUGUAACGGUAUGCCUGGUUGUGUGUGGGUGGAUGACUACUGAUUUAAUUGGUGCACUGACAGUAACUCUUCCAAUGGAUGAUAAAGUGAAAAUGAUGAUACAGUUAUAUUGUGGAACUUUUAUUUUCACAUCCUCAGCGUUUAAUGCAGUGGUGUAUUACAAGUUGAGUCGGGACUACAGAAGUGCAAUGCGUACAAUGUUGGGUAUUUCCAAUGAGACUCAGGCAAUGAAGUCUACAACAUAUAAAGAGGCGACAGAUGCACAGAAGUCUACUAUGAAUCGAGCAUCGACAAACACAAACGCUAUUAAUACGGAUUUACAUGUAUAA